CCAGGUAUAAAUAGAGGCACCAACCUGGUGAUGGGCAUCAGUUGUUAACACUACUGCACCAUGAACACUAAGGUACUUCUCCUGCUGGCUGUGGUGGCUGUUGCUGCCGCGGACAAACUCCCCAUAGGCUAUGGUGCUCCCGAGGACUCCUCUGAGGAGCAUGAGCCCGCCAAAUAUGACUUCGAGUGGUCAGUAAAAGACGACGAGUCUGAUAACGACUUCGGUCACCAGGAGAGCCGUGAUGGUGACCACACCCAGGGGUCGUACUACGCGCACCUUCCCGACGGUCGUCUGCAGACUGUGACUUACUAUGUGGAGGGUGACUCAGGCUACAUUGCCGAUGUCAAAUACGACGGUGAGGCUCAUUACCCCGAGUCUGAUGAGUACAAACCACCCAAAUCCCAAUACGGCGCCCCCGACUCUCACGAGUCUUAGAAUUACAUCUCAUCCAGACCUAAGUAAGGAGCCCCGUGUGUCGAUGGAAUGAGUGGAGGCUCACGAGCGUUCAACACUCAGGCGACAACAUCGCCUCCACCAACAACUUAUGUAUGGUCCACUACUGUUACGAAGAUACAGUGAAACAGCUUUAUGUUUGUCUUCUUAAAGGGUAUAAUUAAUGACUCACUAUCGACCUGUUAUUUGUGAUGUUAAAGUUUCUUUAAGUUAUUUUUUGAGCUUCAUUACUUGAGGACAGAGGUCUUCCUUUAUCAGCUCCUAUUUUCUUGACUUAUUUGUUACUUAUUGGUUACUUAUUUGUUGGAUGUGAAUGCUGUACAUAAUGAGUUAUUUAUUAAACUAUGUAAUUUAAAAUGAA